AUGGAUGCGCUACACUUGCUGGUUGAAGAAGUGCACACAGCCUUCUCCCGCAGAGAGCAUGUUGCAAUGUGCAGCAUCGACAUCCAGAGUGCGUAUGACAACGUCCAGAUCCCAAUAAUGCUACAAGAGUUUCGGGAGAUUGGAGUCGAAGCCUGCCUGAUCAAAGCGCUGCAUGGGUUGUUCGGUGAACGAAUUUUGUCAGCAUCGCUCGACAACGUCACCUGGCUAGUCCGCAUAACCUGGAUGGGUUUACCCCAAGGUUCACCUCUCAGCCCAUUGUGCUUCAACGUCGUGAUUCGCAAACCGAUGGAACCAUCUCCGACAUGUUCGAUCAAACUAGAUUUCGCUGAUGAUAUCACAGUCGCAGUUCGAGGUAAACAAGUGGAGGACUCGGUAAACACCCUGCAGACAACCUUGGAUGGAGUGGUACAAAUGCUGAAAGAACUUGGUCUCGAAGUUUCACCACCAAAAAGCGCCGCAAUGAUCUUCAGCAAAAGAUGUCUGCCGGAUGUUCCUGAACUCUACAUCAACGGAGCAGUAGUAGAGUACAAGGAAUACAUAACGUUGCUGGGAAUCAACCUUACUCCAACACUGAGCUGGGCCAGUCAAAUCAGGAUGGUGAAGCGGAAAACUUCCUUGUACGUGAACUUCAUGCGGUCUGUGGCUGGUCAAAAGUGGGGAUCGCACCCAAGCGCGCUGCUGUCAAUCUACAAGUCCUGUGUCCGAUCGAUUAUUGAUUACGGGUCGAUAUUUUUCGGGGAAGCUCCGGAAAGGGAACUUAUCCAGCUGGACCGCAUUCAGUGGAAUUGUUUGAGGAUAGCGUUGGGAUCGACCAAAACAACGCACACCGGAUCCUUGGAAGCGUUGGCCGGAAUCAUGCCACUCGGUCUGAGGAGGCAGAUGCUACUCGCCAAGUUCGUCAAUCGUCGUUAUUCCCUGGAGACCUGGCACCGGCGCCACGCUGCACCUGUGCUGAACGGAGAACUGCCUCCAUCGUUCAUCCGGAAAAUGAUUCUUCAGUUUCGAUCACACACGGGUUAUCUAACAACAAUACAAACGCUGCCAUGUUUCUCGUACCCUGCUGCGAUAAGGCAGAGAACCAUUCCGAUUGAUUUUUCUGUCCAAAGCGCUAUUCGAGGAGAACCGGUCUCAAGGAUUCCCAGAAUCGUCGAAGGCAUCAUCUCGCAGAAGUACCAAAAUUCCAUCGUAUUUGCUACGGACGGAUCGAAAGAUGAAGACGGCUGUGGCUACGCAGUAGUGGAUGGAAGUUUCCAGAUCGUGAAGCAGAUCAAGCUACCUAAAACUGUAUCAGUAUUUUUGGCCGAACUGCUGGCGAUUCGGCAAGCAGUGCAGCACAUCGCGCAACACCCGGGUAGAGAGUUCCUGAUUCUGUCGGACAGUUUGAGCAGCUUAAGCAGCCUGCACAACAGAAGUCUCCAGGGAACUACACCGAUUCCUUGGUUCGAUGUACGAAACCACAUCAUGCAGCUCGAGCAAGCGGGGAAAACGGUUUCCCUCAUGUGGGUGCCAGCACACAGGAACGUGACACUGAACGAAGCGGCGGAUGCGGCGGCAAAACUUGCGUGUAAAGAAGGAGAACCAGAAACAUACCAGCUUAAUUCGUGGGACAUCUCGUACCCAAGUCGGGUGAAGGCUUUGCAGCAAUGGCAAAACAACUGGGACAACGGCGACAAGGGCAGGUUCUGCCACGGAAUCCUGCCGAGGGUGUCCACAACACCUUGGUUCUACGAGACUGAGUUUUCACGGAGGGAGAUAGUAAUCCUCUCCAAAUUUAUCAGCAAUCACUCCAGAAUCGCUACACACCUGAGGCGCAACAACAUCAUCGACGACGACACGUGCGAGUGCGGGCUGGGGGCGGCCACGCCGAACCACCUGUUGUUAACUGCAUUCCAUCAAUAA